ACACAGGUAUAUACCUAUCUCACACAGGUAUGCACCUAUAUAGAUUUAUAAUGUGUAUGUUGUCAUGUACUUUUUCCUUUAUUUCAUAACGCUGUUCUCCAUUUUUUUCUUUUUUUUAUGUCCUGUAUUUAAGUUCCGUGUGUGUGGGUGUUGGUUUUUUGUUGUUUUUUUUAAAGUGCCACAUAGGCCCGAUGGAAUAUACACGUCACUUUGAAUAAAUGAAUUACUUAUAUUAAUUUUAUAUAUUUACAGAUCCAUGGAUAUGGAGAGCAAACUAAGAACUGGGUAGAUCAUGGAGACAACUCAGACAUGGGCGGCGUGUUUUCGAAAUGUACAAGUAAACACGCACAAAGACACUCUGAUGACGAUGAUGAUUUGGACCUCGAGGAUUUUACUCCAAUCAGAACAUAUAGAAGUAGAGAGCACGUAGAAACGCAUUCUUUUAUUGAGGCUACUGAAUAUAGACAUCGAAGCGGAAAAGAGGGUGUAAUUCGAAUUCGUCAGUCCUUGUCAUCGAAAAACACUAGCAUUUUGCAUAGUCAACACGGUAGUCAGAGUCGUACAGCUGAAAGGUUUCAGUCAACAUACGCAGAACAGGAUAUAAGUUUUAGAUUUAACGAGGAACAAAGAAAAGAAUACCGAAGUUCGGAAAGUUCUUAUGACCUUGUUAUUCCAGACUACAACACAAUCAGGGAAUCACGUGUAGAACAUGUUAGAAGUGAAAAGGUUACGCAAAGACAGUACUCAGCGUUUCCUCAAUAUCCGAUGAUUACACCGGAUGAGCCACCAAUUGAUUACGAACCAGGCGACACUACUUACAGUUUUCCAGUAAAGCAAUCCAAAACAAUUGUUGAGGUUCACGUACAGAAACCACCAGAACACAUGGCUGAAAAGUCGGCGACUGAAAACGUGUCAUACGAAAAGCACUUCAAAGUAUUGCCAGGAACAAAAUGUUUACCACGGUAUCAAUAUCAUCGGUUUUUGCUAGACUGGGUUGUCAAAGGUCUACAAGCCAUUCCAGAAUUUCCCAUCAAGGCAUUUAAAGAUUGUACAGUUGUCGUAGGUGGAGACAUCACGGAUAAAAAUAUAUCCUUCUUAUUCGGAGAAAACACAGAAAGUGAUAAAGUGUUAACAGAUCUUAAUAAAGGUACCCUGAACGAGGCAGCGGUUCUGGUCGUUUACUUCUUGAACAAAUUGGAGAAUGUUCAUCACCGUAUAGAUGACUUUGACAGACAGUUUCCCUACGAUACGGGGUCCCUUUUAAUUGUGAUGCAAAAUGAUGGGAUUGUUGAUGAAAGCUUGAAACUGAAAUUGAUUGACGCACUUUCUAAAUCAAGAAUGAAUGAUGUUAACGUCAUUGCGAAAAACCGCUCAGAAAUCAUCACAAAAAUGACAUGCAUUAUGGAACAAAGAUUCCAAGAACAUUUGGAAGAAAUGCGCAGAAACUUACAUGAUCUACCACUGAAUGAAAACGUCGAUGCAAGCCUUCUAGAAGUAAAUGCACUCAUCAGACGUCUAAAGCAAGCAGCAUGCUACCCCGAACCCUUACCAGAAGAAGAUGAUAAAAUGCGGGGGGAGACAAUCCGUGACAUGCUUCAAAGCUUUGGUAAGAAGAUUCUAUACCAUGGAUUUGAUGGGGAUGUGCUACACAUUAUUACAACUGAUAUCAGCGUGAAAGACAAGAUAGUGGAUUUCUUCUCUAAAUCAAAGUUUAGGGAGAUAAGCUAUAAAAUACAUGUAGAGGACGCACUGGGCGUAUCCUUUUUAGCCAAAGAAGGUACUGCCUUACAUGGUGCAAAGUUUGUGUAUGUGAAUGAAAGUCUACAGGCUUUUCGACAGGAUCAACGGUUUGCAACAACAGGGAGUCUAAUGAUGGCUAACGGCUCUGCCAUGGUGAUUGUAACAAGUCGCCAUGCAUUUACGAACCCUGCAGAUAUUUACGUCUUAAUUGACAACUCAGUCGUGAAGUUCGGACAUGAACUGAUACACUUGCAUGGAGAUAUGGACUGUUUGCAUGAUGAUAUAACAAUUGUGGAAAUCGACCGUGAUGCAGUUUUGGCUGUAGAGAAUAAAUGUGAAAAGCUUCUCAUCGACAAAUCUGGAUCUCCAACGCCUGCACGAAUCUCUUCUAGACAACUUAAUGUUGACGAUAUAGUCCACAAGCGAGGAGCGAGAACUGGACUUACAACAGGGGUCGUGAAGCACGUUGAAGUUCAGCUGUUAAAACCAUUCAGAAUCCCAAGUCUUGUUAUUCAAAUUAGCGGAAGGGAUUCUGAUUCUGGCCCAUUUGCUGCAGAGGGGGAUUCUGGUUCGCUGGUUUUCCAAAACUCUCUGGCAGCGGAGGAAAACAUCCUCGACGUUCUUGCAAUGGUGCAAGGUAAACUGAAAACCGAUCCACCUAUCCACAACCCACCUGUUGUCUGUUUUCCGUUCACAACAGGCUGCCAGACACUACUCCAAGUAACCGGAUUACAAUCCCUUCAAUUUUUUAACGUUUGAAAUUUACACAUACAAAUCAAGUGUUUUUCUACCCGUAUAAGUAUCGCACACUGGUAUAAGUAUCGCACACUGGUAUACGUAUCGCACACCCGGGAUACUACUAUGCGUUAUUGUGGAAUGAUUUGUGUAGUCCUGUAAUAGAGAAUUGUGUGUACGCAAUAGGAAGUUUCUAUAACAUCCUCCAUUCAUGAAAUGAGAGAGGACAAUGAACUAAUAAGAAACCCUAAAGAGGAUUGUUUUGUAAAAUUGUUUAAACUUACACUGAAUGUAGUUAUGUUUCCCCCUCUUCCAGGUGGAAGCAUAUACUUGUUUUUAUACUUUCUGUCCGUCUGUUUUUCAACCAUAUUGAAACUUCAGCAGUUGUGGGUGACGCACUAAGCUUAGCGCUUACGGCUGUAGCAGUGAGGGUUAUUUAACGCGCCAACGCCUGCCGCGAUACGGGACCCCCGCUGUUAAGGUCAUAUCACAAAGACCCUCACAUCGAAAUGCCGAGCGUUUGGCGAAGGAACAAUCACUACCUAUGUUUAUGUCUUGGAUUUGUGGCGGCCAUGGCACGAGCGGGGCUCGAACUCACGACCUCCAGGUUACGAAGCGAACGCAACCGCAACCGGUAUUUGUAAAAAAGAAAAUGUCAAGAAGUUACAUAUCGAUACAUUGAUAAGAAAGAGUGUCUCAUUUAAAUGUAUAAGUUACACCCCUUUACGUUUAUCGAGCUGAUUCCAUGGAUACACCCGUGAGAUCGUCCUACUUCUACAUGUCUACCUUUAAGAUUCCACGGUACACGGAGCUGCUACAAUUCUGUAUAGUAAACCCUCCGGUGGGUUUUUUUUCUGUUUGGAAAACAUUUGAUAAUAUAUAUAAUAAUAAUUCUGUUUGAUUAUAUAUUUUUUCUGUUAUAUGUAUGUAAAGACGAUUAAUGAAUAUGUCAAAAGCUUC